CUUUAACAAACUGUAAUUUCUUAUGAGUUUUCCGAUUGGCCAAAUGGUGAUUGAAAAACCAAUCAGCAUCCAGAAAAGAAAAAUCUGUUUGGUAGUUGGCAAGAGUAUAUCGGAACGUCUUAGAUGUCUACCUAUAAAAGACGUGACCCAGUAAAUACUCUAGAAGAAUUCCGAAUAUCGAACAGCGUGACCUACUAAUUUGACCUACUUCUAGACGAGCAAGAAUGGCAGUAAAUGUUCUGAAGAACUGGAGGGUUAUUGGAAGGUCUUUUGCAAGAGUUUCUAACACCCGUAGUUUGCACAGUGAACCAGUUUAUGAACUGAGGACUUACAGCAUUCACCCCAAGGACUUCAAAGAUUUCAUCCAGCUCUCAGCAGAAUGCAUGCAUUUACGAACCAACCAUUCUAAACUGAUAGGAUAUUGGAUCAGUGAAAUUGGAGGAAUCAGUGAUGUUGUUCACAUAUGGGAAUAUGAUAGCCUGAAGCAUAGGGCUCAGGUGAGACAGGCACUCGGAAAUGAUCCCAACUGGCUUUCUAAGUAUAUCAGCAAAAUAAUGCCAAUGUUGGGCCGUCAAGACAAUGCUCUGCUGAAACUGACUAGCAAAAGUAAUCUGGUACAGACGAACAGUGGAGGUGUCUAUGAAUUGUGUUGCACUGAAAAGCCAUUAAAUGAUCUUUCCACAAGUCGGGGAGAUGCUCAGUUGCUGGGAACCUUCUCUUCUGUCAUAGGAUCUCUCAGCUCAUCAUACCAGCUGUGGCACCAUAAAUCCAUCGAUGAUAUUCCCAACAGUGCCGCUGCGGCUACUUAUGGUUCUUACUGCACCAGAAGCCGUCUUCUCCUUCCCACCCCAUGGUCGCCGAUGAAGUAGAAAUACAUGUACUUGUACCUAGCUACUCUUAUACUCUCUAUUGAAUUAAGAGACAAUAUUGAGAAUGUAACCUAAUAAUGUAACCUAAUCAAAUGUGGUAUAACAUAGCUACCAUCUUAUAGUGUACAUGCUAGUCAGAUUCAUUAAAUACGCAUGCAAAUGCAUGUCAAUAAUUACUAUAUUAUACAUGCAUAUUUUCUUUAAUUAAGUGCUUUUAAGGCUCUUGCAUUCGUUUGGGCUAAAUUGAAUUGUAUAAUUAUAUAUGUUGUGAUAUUUGGCUACAAAAAGCAUACAGUGUAUAUACAAUGUUAACAAGUAAUGAUAUUUGUCGUAAUUGUACCUAGUGCAGUAUUGGAGUUGGUAUUCAUUGUGGAUAUAGAGAUGUUUUGCAGUUGAAAAUCGUUUUGAUUUGAAUUUUUAAUUUGUGAUUUUUACUACACACCAAGAAUUUAUCAUAGAUCUUUCAUAUUUACAUUAUCAAGGAAAUUGCAGCAGUGAUUCAUGAUUUAAAAUGGUGCUACAUGUAUUUUAAGUUUUGUAUUUAAAAAAAAAUAUGAACAUGUUUAUACCAAUAAAUAUGUCACAAUAUCUUA